UGAUGUUUCAUGAAUCUUUUCUAGAAUUUAUUUUGCAUCGGGCUCAAAAUACGAGAUAUGAGCAAUUUAUGAACGAGUUAACCUUAUUUUAAAAUGGCCGCGCCCAUGUCAAUAAGGUUUUUAGUGAAAUUGAAUCAAGAGCUAUCUUGGAGUCAUGUUAAAAGAAUUCUCCUUUACCAAAAGUGUAAUGUCAGAUUGUUUGGUACAAGACAUAAGAGAGGAGAGUACAACAAAUAUACAUCGAACUUCCCAAACUUUCACCCAGAUGAGAGAAGGGUUUGUUUCACACCUGAGGAACAACUCAUGAAGGUAACAUUGGAACCAAAUCAACCACACAACGCCAAAACUCUGCGAGUGGCAAUCAUCGGUGAUCCAAAUGUAGGCAAAUCAACUCUCAUCAACAGACUUUUACAGCACAAGAUCCUCCCAGUCUCAAGAAAGGCCAAUACCACAAGGAAAAACACUCUGUUAAUCCUGACACAGGAUGAAUGUCAGAUAACAUUUGUGGACACUCCAGGGAUUCUAGCACCUGAAGCAAAGGCAAGGCACCGCGUCCCAUCCACAGUUGCAGUGGACCCUGAAAAGGCUGCCAGUGAAGUUGACCUGUUAGGAGUUGUGGUGGAUGCAAAAGACAAGUUCCGGAGAAACACCUUGAGUAAAACAGUGACAAAGAUCCUCCAUCUCCAUAGAAACACCCCAUCCAUUUUGAUUUUGAAUAAGAUGGAUGGAGUAAUGAACAAGAGAGGUUUGCUGAACACUAUAGCCUCUCUCACCAACAAACAAUUAGAAAGUCAACCAAUUCCAAUCCUUACCAACAGGAAAACACACCACUUGACGAAAGAAAAACAACAGCAAAAAUAUAUUGACUCUGUAAUAGAGAAAUACAAAGCAUCCAAAGAAGGGGCCGCUAACGAAGGUCAAGGUCACAUUGAAUCUGAGGGGACGAAUGAUGUUAGAAGGACAGAGCAUGAGGGGGAGGGGACUGAAGAGCUGUCAUCUGAUGAGGAGUGGCAGAGUUUUGUGAAGAAGCUAGAAAAUUGUCCAGAGUCGGCCAUCAACACGACUGGGUGGUCGAAUUUCCAGGAAGUCUUCAUUGUCUCGGCACUGAAGGACGACAAUGUGGAUGACUUGAGAGACUACAUAUUAUCCUGUGCCAAACCUGGGGAUUGGGAGUACCACAGCUCUAUAAUAACCAGUGAAUCACCUUAUAAACUAGCAGAAAACAUCGUCUGGGAGAAAAUGAUGGACUAUGUCGAAUUUCCCGUCUACGACUUGCACCCAAAAAUCAAUAAUUGGGAAUGGGAUCAAAAUUUUGACCAAUUAGAUAUUUCCAUGGAGAUUAAAUGUCCAAAUAAGUUUAUACAGGCUGAGGUUGUAAAGAAAGUACCCACCAUUGUAGAAACAGCAAGAGCAGAAUUAAGAAAUCUAUUUAAAUAUAAUGUUAAUUUAAACUUGCGGGUAAAUGUCAAGAAAUAAAUUUAUGUCCACAAGAAAACCUAACAUUUGAACUUAUGUAUACUUAUGAACAGCUUAAUUGUUGCAUGUACAUCACGAAGAAACAAGUUACAAAAAUUUUGCUUUGUUUUAAAAAAAAAAAUAUAUUUCUCUCUUUAAUAAAAAAGAUGUGUACAGAAUCAAUGAUGUGCUUUAUACCAUUUAUGCAAUGUCCUGUUGAAAUGAAAAACAUAAAAUUGUUUGCAAAACAG